AUGGUUAUUGGUAUACAUCAACGACACAAUAUAUGUUACAUCAAAAACAUAAUUUAGUUUGUCAGUGAAUGAAAGCAGUGUUGAGUGUUGAAACUCCUCCUCCUGCAUUUCUCCUCUCAGUGUGUUUUUAAGCUUCAGUCUCUCUUCUCCUCACACUCUGCUCACCUCUCAGCUGGACAGUAAGGGACGUUUACAGCACACACUGACACCAUGCUGGGGACCCUCUGCACUCUCCUCACUGCUCUCACAUAUGUUGAUGCAGUGAUAGUGCUGACUCAGACGCCUGCUGUCCACACAGCUUCUGCAGGACAACAGGUUGUUCUCAACUGCAACAUUCAGAGGGAUGAUAGAUAUUAUGUUGAGUGGUAUAAACAGGUUCUUAGUGAAGCUCCUCAGUAUGUCCUUAAAUUUCACCAUAGUCAAAGUUCACCGGAGUUUGGAUCAGGAUUCUCUUCAGACAGAUUCAACUCUGAAGCCUCAUCCACAAUAGAUUAUCAGUUCAUCAUUAAGCAGGCAGAGGCAGGAGACUCUGCUCUGUAUUCAUGUCUAACAUGGGACAACUCGACCAAAGAAAACGUAUUCGGACAAGGCACCAAGCUGAUUGUGACAAGCUCCAGCCUCCCUCCUCCUGUCCUCACAGUGUUCCCUCCGUCCAUUGCUGAGCUCCAGGGCAACAAAGCCUCUCUGGUGUGUCUGUCCAGUCAGUCUGUGCCUUUUGCAGAGGUGAGCUGGUUGUCUGCUGGGAGUCCAGUGAGCAGUGGGAUCUCUACCAGCACUGCUGUUCAGAAACCGGACAAGACUUUCCAAAUCAGCAGCUAUCUGGCCGUCCAGACGUCAGACUGGAACAUGGAUAAGGUUUACACAUGUAAAGUGUCUCUGGGCUCCCAGAUUUCAGAACAAAACAUCAAGAAAUCCGACUGUGCCACUGACCAAUAGUAGAGGAUCACAAUGACCGUUUACUGUCUGCUGUUUUACGGUGUGCGCUGUUUGUUCAUUACCAGCUUUACAUGUUGGAAAAUAUGUGUCUGCGGGCUUUGAAUAAAGCCUGUGUUGUAUCAGCUUUACAAAUGAUUUCAAUGUUUUUCAACAUAUUCAAUUAAAAAGCAUUUUAUAAAAACA